CCUUCCCCCUGCUUCCCAGAGACUCCUGAUGGGCCUCCAAGUAGCUGGUCUGGUCAGAGGAACGGAGUCGCCGGCCGCAGGGACGGCAUGGAGCGGAAACGAUGGGGGUUCCUGCUGGCUCUCCUACUCUUAAUAGCGUCGGCGCCUACAGUGGGCGCGCAAUACGAAAAAUACAGCUUCCGCGGCUUUCCAGAAGCUGAGCUGAUGCCUCUGCAGAGCGCUUACGCCUAUGCGCUGGAGCAGUACGAGGGCGAGAACUGGAGGGAGAGCAUCCGCUAUUUGGAGGCGAGUUUGCGCCUUCACCGCCUGCUCCAAGACAGCGAGGCGCACUGCCAUAAGGAAUGCGCGGGGAGCGAAAAGUUAGACACCGGCCCACUUUUUACAGAGCUUUCCAAGGGCGCGUGGAACAGCCCGUCUCCUUCGGAGCUGCUUCUGAAAGGCGGUUCGCUCGUAGGGCUUGAAGGCAGCGCGGGAUGCGGCGCAAAUGCUUCAGGGAUCACGCCCGGCGAUGGUCUCCAGGACCAGGAGAUGGAAUACUUCGGGCUCGUCCUCCAGCGCGCCUCCUGCCUGCGGAGAUGUAAGGGCAACCUUCCCGUCUUUCAGCUCACCUACCCGCCGACCGAGACUUUGCGAGACUUUCAGCGGCGCAUUCCUUACCAGUAUCUUCACUAUGCGCUUUUCAAGGCAAAUAAGGUUGAAAAAGCUGUAUCAGCUGCCCACACAUUCCUACAGAAGAAUCCCAAGCAUGAGUUGACCCAAAAGUACCUCAAUUAUUACAAAACUAUGGUAGAUGUAGAUGAGUAUCUUAUAGACUUGGAAGCACAACCAUAUGAGACGGUUUUUGUCAGAGCAGUGAAGCUUUACAAUAGUGGAGAUUUUAGGAGUAGCAUUGCUGACAUGGAGCAUGCAUUGUCCAAAUACUAUGAGGCCUAUGAAAAUUGCCUAGCUGGCUGCGAGGGUAGCUAUGAGGUCUCUGAAUUUAAGGAUUUCUAUCCAGCCAUAGCAGAUCGUUUUGUUUUUGUCCUGCAAUGUAAAGUAGAUUGUGAAGUUGACCUGACCCCAAAUGUUGGUGGCUAUUUUGUGGAGAAAUUUGUGGCCACGAUGUAUCACUAUCUUCAGUUUGCCUAUUACAAAUUGAAUGACAUUAAGAAUGCAGUACAGAGUGUAGCUAGCUACAUGCUCUUUGAUCCUGGAGAUGAAGUCAUGCAACAAAACCUGGUUUACUAUCGUUUCUAUCGUGAACGUUGGCAUCUGGAAGAGGAGGACUUCAACCCACGACUAGUACGAACAGGAACAGUGGAGGCCUUGCGUUAUCAUAACUGGACAUCCACACAGAAGAAACUCUUAGAGUUUGCCAGGCAAUAUCUCCAGCCAAAUGAUGAGGGAGAGGUGGACGAAGGGGUUGACGGGGUAAAAAAUCCUGCAUUGCCAUCUGAUGCUGAGUUUGAAGACAUUGGUGACUAUGAAGAGGGGUUUUUGUCUGAAUGGUGGCAAGAGCCCAGAUCAAAAGGAGACAAAGGUGACGAAGAGAGACUCGAUUGAGCAAUACGAUUCCCAUAACAUCUGCAGGUGAAGGGGAGGCAUUGUUGUUUUCUUGGGCCUACCAAAGUAGACUUGGAACUGGCAAGUUCCAAGUGAAUUUUGAUAGCAUUCCAACAUGUUCUGUGCCUUUUGAACCUCACAUUAAUAUCUCCAAAGACUGGGAAAGUUCUACCAGCAGAACCUCGAUGCAGAAUAUUUAAAUCCACUUCCUCUCCUGCAAAUGGAUUGGUAAAACAAGAACAGCUCUGAGCUAAACCAGGAAACCUUCCCACUUCCCAGCGGAACCUCAUUUCUAAAAAGUACUGUGAAUGAGCUUGGAAUAAAAAUAUCUCAACAAAAGGACAAAAAGAAGCCAAUGCUGCAUUUAUUUCUAGUUUUAUAUAUUCUGCUUUGUGACCUCAUAUAUGUUGGGAACCAAAGUUCUUGCCCAUCUAUGAAAGGUAGUAUGUGCAUAACUGGAUUUUCCAUAUUCAGAUUUAUUAAAUGCCCUGUUUGCCCAAAGGCAAGACAACUCCCCUUCCCAAUAAUUAACUUUUAAGUGUGUGUAUAGCACAGAAGUUAUAAUCUAUCUGCGGUGUCAUGGAUUCUUUUAACUAUACUCAAUUCAGUGGGCUACAAACACAAAAGGGUCAACAACAAUAUAGAUCUCUACACAAUACACACAGACAUUCAUACUAUUAUUACUCACCAUUAGUCCAUUCUUCACCACUGCUGCUGCUACUACUGCUAUUCCAACUCCUACUCCUUGUGAGUAUUGCUAGAGAGAACUGUCUUUUUAGCUGCUUCACUUUCACAAAUCACCACACGCCUACUUCCCUCUUUGCUUUUCCACAUACCAUCACCUACACCCAAUGCCUCUCAGGACAGUUUUUAUAGCCAGUGUUUCUGUAUUGGCUAAUGAGAGGCUUAAAGAGACAGGUUGAAAACAACAUAGAAGCUGGCCAUUUUCUGGGCAUCUUCCUCUCACAUGCAAAGAAGAGCCUUUUGUCUUAUUUGUACGUGAGGUUAUGGAUGAAUGAAACUUCUCCCUUCAUAUAAGCAAUGGCAGUGUUAUCAUACCUUCCCUUCUUCUGCCUUAUUGGAAGUGCUCAUUUUGGGAAGGCAGGCUCUUCCUUCCUCUGCAGUUUUUAUCUUCUCUUUUUCUUUCUUUUCCCUUCCCAUCGUUUUCUGUUUUUCCUGUUACUGGAAAAAGGAAGGUGUAAAUGUGUGUGAAUGUAUUUAUGUGGUUCUGAAUAUGAGAGUGGUUUGUGUGAAAAAAUAGAAUGGUCAUAUGCAUAUAGGAAAUUAAUGUUAUAAUAUAUUAUUUUACUUUACUGAAGUACUUAGCAAUUUAACUGAUAAUUUAUUUUGUAGGCAGAGCAACUUUUGAUCUGUGUGUAUACCCACAAGCACAGUCGCAUGCUUUCACAUGCAGGUGUAUAGAUGGAGACUGGCCGGAUGGGGAAGAGAACCUUUGCAAAGAGUGUGUGUGUGUGUGUGUGUGUGUGUGUGUGUGUGUGUGUGUGUGUUUGUGUGUGUGCUUUCCCUUUUAUAGCCAGGGAGCAAAUCAUCCUAAAUUAAAGAUUAACUUCCUUUUAACUAAAUAAAAUUCAAAGAAUCAAAUCUUUUCUCCGAAACUAGGAGUCAGCAGAUUUUAUACUAGAAACAUGAAAAGUGAGCAUACAGAAAUAUGGCUUGAUGAGGAGAGCUCUGUACUUUUAGAACGGGGGGCAUGUUCAGCUCAAUAAUUAGCUUUCAAGACGAGUUGCUUUAAUGUCAUUUUCGUGCAAGUUUUUACUCCUGCCCUUCACUUAUCCAUAAAACUUUAUGUAUGUCACUCAUCUCACAAAACUGAGCAGUAGUUCUUUCUACUAUUACAUUUUUUUUUAUGAGGAUGAAAAUACAUGCAGGUCAGCUGCAAAUCUUCUAACAGAUCCCAGUCUUCCUUGUGUUCAACCUUGCCUUGAAGCUUUUAAAGAGUCAGACUCCCAAGAAGCUCAUGUUCCGACAUCUCCUCCUCCCCAUGUGUCUACUGAAAACCUGCAGUUAAUGGGCUAACCUUUAACUUUUCUGAAAGCAAACAGUUUCAUCAAUAUUUUUUUUUCUUUUACAUUCAAAGAGCUGCCUUUGUUUUUCAGUUAAUUUAAACAUUUUACUUUGUACAUAUUUUUUUUAAUUAGUUGUAGCUAUAUUUUAAUAAAAAUCUCUCCUAGUC